GAUUGUCGCGUAAAUGAGUGGAAACGGCACCUGAAUACAGUGGGAAAGGAAGUGUCCUUCCUUUACGGAAAACAUAUUUUUACCAAAUACGUAUGCGAGUAGUUUGGACGCCGACCUUUCUGAAUCUGAGCAGAUUCACAAUCAACUCUUCUCCUAAAAGCAGCGGUGGCAGGAUUUUCCUCAGAUGGUUUGCUAGCAAGACCGCCUGACCGGACUCUCGCUAUAAAACAGCAUAACUUCCCAAUCAGCCGCUUAUUAUUUUGCGUUUCUAAACCAGUUAUAACGGCAAGUGAAGUUUUAAACGGCUUAUUUCUUGACUUAAUUUAACCGUAAUCGUCUAACUGCUUUAAUUUAACCGUAAAGCCGCCGUAUUGUGAUCUGGCAGCUAACAGCUCGCGCUCUUUAAUAAUCUAACCGAUAACGUUAAAUGUCUCCAUGACAACGUGUGUUGUAGCACUGAGCAUCAAUGUUACACAUCUGAGUCUGUAGCAUGUUUGCUCGAUGCUAAAGAGGAUGUUUAUACAGCACACCUGAUGACAGAUAUUAGGUAACUUAGCUCACAGCUGGAUGGCGACGCAUCGAGGUCCAGUAUGAAACACGAUAACGUUACAUCUGCGCUUCAGUAACCGUGACUGGAGGCUCAUAAGAGAGCCUUCAUUAUGUGCGAUAGCUGUGUCAUCGUCCUGUCGAUCACCUCCACUACCCGAGACUGAGAUUUUGUGGCUUUUUGAAACACUCGUCGUGAUCCAGUGAGUGUUGCGCAAUGGCGGGUGUUGGGGUCAGUUUGCUUUCGCCGGGUCAGCUGCCGUCUGCAUCCUCCAAUUCCUCACCCACUGAUCCUAAUGCCCGGGGCUGCUCCAACGGGGACUUCAUGAACACCUUCGGCAUCUUCCUGCAGGGCCUGCUGGGAGUGGUGGCUUUUAGCACACUUAUGUUGAAACGCUUCAGGGAGCCCAAGCACGAACGGAGACCCUGGAGAAUCUGGUUUCUGGACACCUCCAAACAGGCCAUAGGGAUGCUGUUCAUUCACUUUGCCAAUGUCUACCUGUCUGACCUCACAGAGGAGGACCCAUGUUCACUAUACCUGAUCAACUUCCUGUUGGAUGCGACACUAGGCAUGCUGGUGAUCUAUGGCGGCGUGAAGGCCGUUAGCGCUGUGGUUGAAUGGAGACAGUGGGAUUCACUGCGUUUUGGAGAAUAUGGUGAGCCAGUUCAGUGCAGCGCCUGGGCAGGUCAGUGUGCUCUCUACAUCCUCAUCAUGAUGUUUGAGAAGGUCAUGAUCAUGCUGGUCCUUCUCAUCCCACAAUGGAAGAAGCUGGCUACACUCAACCCCAUAACGAACCCUCAUCUGGAGCUAGCUAUCGUCAUGCUAAUCGUCCCGUUUUUUGUGAAUGCUCUGAUGUUCUGGGUGGUGGAUAACUUCCUAAUGAAGAAGAGCAGAACAAAAGCCAAACUGGAGGAGAGGGAAGCAGAAGACGACCCUCGCGGCAACAGCAAAGUGCGCUACAGAAGGGCACUGUCACACGAUGACUCUGAAUCAGAACACUCUUCCUCUUGUGCUGGUCAGAUCCUGUUCUCCGCAGAUGACGAAAUGGAGGAUUCAGAUGGUGACGACGAUGUACGAAGAAUCACAGGGCUCAAGUCUGUUAAGAAAAAGAAGCAUCGUCUUGGUAUUCCAGUUUGAGUUCAAAUCAGUUUGGACUUGAGGCCUCCCUCAUUCCCAUGACCCCAACUCAUUUACCAGAGCAUAGAUCAGUAAGUGAGGGGCAUGAUGACUAACUCAGCCUAUGAAUUGUAGGGUAACGGACCCAGGCUCAAGUAAACACAUGGACCCUCCCGACAUUGCCAGAAAGAUUUUUGCUACCCUAUGCCAUAGAUGAUCAUGAGGGUUUUGGACCAGUCUAUUGGAGAUGAUCGGACCAUAAUCAUUUCAGGUUUUUUUUUUUUUUUUGCACAUUUAUAAUUCAGCUUAAACAUCAUGUGGAUAUACAACACAGCUACAUCUCCUUGUAUCUGUCUAGAAGUGAUAAAAACCAGCCUAAACCUAUACAAAUAACAUGCUGAUGUUCUGCUGAGAUAAGUACCUUUAACCAUAUGCAUGUGAUUGAUCACUUGGACUUGGAUAAACUGUUCAAGGUCACUCAUAGUCGGUUUCUAAAUGUGUUUGUGAGCGUAGCUGCGACAGAGUUUUGUGCACGUCAGCUGUGUGGAAAUUGUGCUGAUAAAUGUUACGGAAAACCAUUCGUCAGCAGUGUUAUGAGCUGGUAUUAUAAUACAGUUGGUACGGUC